AUAAAAGUAGUGAUUUAUAAAUAGAACUCUCUGAGAUCACAGAAAUAUAAUUCUUGGAUAAAAAUGAGUCAAAUAAGGCAAAUAAGCCAGAUGAGCCAUCUCAAAUCCAUCAGCGGUUUCGAUGAUGGCAAGUCGGAAAAAUCGGAUAAAUCCGAUACCAAUAUGGACUUUGACUCAUCGGAAGAUGAAGAAAUUUCCAUGAUUUUCGGAUUCAAUGAGGAAGAAGCUAGACAAAGAUUGAUUAGUUUUCCGAAAGCGACUCGUAUGGUUAUCAGUCCCGAUCUUCAGGCGGAAAUCGGUAUGGAAAUUGGGGUUACGAUAAGUGCUGAGCACCCAUGGAAGCAGAUCAAGAAGGAUAUUUUGGAGGAUCACAUUCUUGGCAAAAAUGCGGUUCAACUGGAGUUGAAGGAAAAACUUAAAACUAUUGAAGCGGGAAAACUAAUACUGGUUGGAUAUUCACCAGAACUUUCAACCGAAGAGGAUACAUUUGUGAUAUUUGUCGAUGAUAGGGAAGCUAAAGAUGCAAGUGAAUUGAUAAAACGACUCGAAAUGGUCGAAAGACACAAAGCCCGAAGUGUUCUCAAGAAAAAAGCUAAGAAGUGGAACGAUAGUGGAAGUCAUGAACAGGUCAAAUCUUUCAUACCUAUCGAACGGUUUAAUGUGGUGAAUCUCGAAACACAAAGCGUUUUUCCUUUGAAACGGUGCAACUUUGAAUUCACUCUUCGCUUGGUGAAAGACGCUAGGGAUGGUUAUGUGGAACUUGUUCCUGGCAAAGUUCGAUUCAGUAAUAUACAGCGCAAGCAAAUCGAUUCCUGCAUACAGACGGGACCUCCGAAAAAGCAUCAAUUUCAACAGACAGAUCCAACGUUUCCUACAAAUGCCUGGUCUCAGUACUUGUACGAAAUUUCCGAAGAUGGGAAAGAUGCAGCAAACAAAGUAACGACUACAGCAGAAACUGAUGGAUCUUCCAUACAGCCUAAUAGUUACGUCAACGAACUGCUUGAAACGCUGGAAUUCAAUCAGGUUGAUAUGUAUCGUAAUGAUUAUCCAUUCAUAUCGAAACGAAGAGUUCAUAAAUACAUUACGCCGAUUUUCGAAGAAUGUUUGUGCUUUGCCGAUAGACCAAAAUGUGGAAAUCGUUAUGUGUCCAGCAUGGCAUGGCAUCCAAAAUAUUCCGGAAUUUUCGUGGCUUCCUAUAACUUUGAAACACUUUGUACAAUCGUCGAUGAUGAACAGAAAAAAUCUUCUUUUGACAUGGUGAACAGAAUCGUUUUCGAAAAAUGUCCCGUUCUCAUGUGGGGAUUCGACGAAACGCUUGUUAACAAACUUCAGCUACGGGCAAAUAGAGAAGUUACGGCAUUAUCGUUUUGUCCGUACAAUAGUGAUCUCUUGAUUGGUGGUUUAGUUACCGGUCAGCUUAUUAUUUGGGAUAUCAAAGGUCAAAUUCAACGCGUUGAAACGGAAGAGGACAUGACGCCCACUCAGCUAGAAAAUCGUAUUGAAAUCAGGAAACUUAUGGGCUGGUCACAGGUUGAAGAAAUUGAUCGGAAUGUAGAGCCAGCAGCCAUCAGCGCCAUGGACAAAUCAUCACGAAGACCGAUUACUAUCAUCAAGUGGCUUCCAAGAAAUUACUUUUGUGCUACGACGGGGCAGAUUAGAGUGUCUACGGAUAAACUACACCGGUUCAUCAUAACGGCAUCACUUGAUGGAUCAAUCAGUUUUUGGGACCUAGACUUGCCAGUGGCAGGUUUGAAAAAGAUUCCUCAAACUUCAAAAACAGUGAUGAACGGAUCAAUGUCUCCGUAUCAAGCUUUGGACAAUGUAUUCUAUCCGAUAUUUCGUAUUAAAUGCGAUACCCCUAUAACAUCUUUGUCAAUAGAUGAAGCGAUUUAUAAAUUUUCUCCGGUAAGUGUAGAUUACAAGCGAAGUGAUAUAAGCACGAAAGUCGAACAUAAAGCAAAUCCCGUGGAGAUCGAAUACCGUAUGAAAAUGAUUUUCGGAAGCCUAACGGGCGAUAUAAUUGGGGGGCACUGGGAAGGUCACGACUUUGACCAGGGUGGUACGACUAAUGAGGAACCGAUGAAGGGCAAGGUAAAAUUUGCUGCUAUCCACGAUGGACCAAUUUUGCUUGUAGAACGUAAUCCAUUUUGUUCGGAGAUUUUUCUGACAAUCGGUGGAUCUGUUCUGGCUGUAUGGAGUGAAGAUUGUGUUUCAUCAGCUAUAUUUUGGAGAAAACGUCAAGCCCGUGUAACGGCAGGCCGAUGGAGCUUGGAUCGCGCCUCUGUUUUUUUUGUUGCCGACAGUAAGGGCGAUUUAGAAAUUUGGGAUACCUCCGUUCGAAUCGACACACCGUGUAUAGUGAUAAGCUUGGGCGGCAAUAUUCUCACUUACUUAUCACAACACAUGUUGUCUGCUUCGAAAAAGUUUCUAGCUGUGGCGGACUAUAAUAGCAACAUUCGUCUUCUGACCAUUCCUAGCAGUUUUUCUGAACCGAUUCCAAAUGAGAUUAAGAAAUUCAGAAAACUGAUUCAACAUGAGCUGUCACGAAAAGAAUGUCAAGAAUCAUGGAUUCAAUCGUACUACGAAGCGCACAAGGAAAGCAUCGAGGCAACGUUGAAGACGAAACGCGAGGCCAAAGAACUGGCAGAACGAAUGGAGAUUGAGAAAAAGGAGCAUGAUGAGUUUUUGAAACGUCAAGCAGCAGAAGAUGCGAAGAAAAAAGCCACUCAGGAUGCUGAGAAACGAGUCGAUCUUUCAAAACGCUUGGAUGCAAAGUGGAAGAACCAGAGUUACAAACGUUUGUUGAAGAGCAUGAUGGCCAGACGCAAUAUAAGUCCCCAGCAAUUGGCCAAAGAAAUGCAACCGGAAAAAGAAAGAAGAAGGUAUAAUGCCGAAAAAUCGAUGGCCCUUGAGGAUGACUUGGCACGCGUCGAAAAAGAUUACAAGGAAAUAAAGUCCCAACUUGUGCCAGUUGAAAAGGUAAUUGUCACCAGAGCUGAAAUGCUGGAGCAACAGAUGGGCAAGUUCAAAGAAGAAAUUGCCGAUUACAUUCGGGUUGAAUCUGAGGCCAGAGAAGUGUUGGACAGCUAUGAGCUUCCCCCAGUAGCCAGUUUUGCCGAAAUCCUAAUGAAAGGUCGUCAAAGGCGCGACAUAAUCACUCGUGAUACGGGAAUCAACAUCGAGCAUUUGGAAAGCUAUGAGCAGAAAAAGCUACAGCGAAAGUAUGCUGCAGCCGAGGCUCGUGACACGGAAAGCACUGGCAGUGUGGAUAGCCCGGACGCCUUCCAACGGGCGCGGUCAGUGACCUUUAUCGACGACAUACCGGAAGAGGUGCGGAAACAAAUGUCACAAGAACAAGAACUCGAAUCGCCUCGAAGGAACACACCGGUACAAGACGACGAGUGAGAAAACUUAUCUCCAUACACGGAAGAAAUUUGAAACUCGAUCAACGAUAUUCAAUUCAACAUUCGACUAGUUUUGUGACCUCCAUUUGUGGCGGGCAGUUUUUCUAUACACAUUUCAACUGAACUGAACUGAACCGAUCCAACCAGCUCAAUUACGCAUUCGUCUCACCUGGUAGAGGUUUAGCUUUUUCGAAAGGUAUACAAACGAACUUACAUGCGACACAUUUUGCCGAAAUGUUUUGUAACCGAUGUUGGCUUAUGAAUUUUAGAAAUAUAGUUAAUUUUACUGUCUUACUUAAUAUUAAUCUCUGCUUAACUACGAUAUAAUUAAUUUUAAAACGUCACAAUGACAAAAACAUCGAGAAUCAUGCCCUUAUUGUUUCAUAGUUCUUAACAUGCGU